GUAUUAUGUUCAUAAUGUCCACAAUUAUUUCCACUUUUAAUUUUAUUUGAAAAAAUCCUUCAAUUUAAAAAAUUUCACAAAAACUCGCUUUUUGUUCUAGAAAUCAAUUAACCUCGAAACUGAAUUGAAAAGCGUCCCGCAACGAUUUAAAAUGUCGAGUUUUUACAAUAUUUAAAAAAUUACUAAAUAUACAAAAUUUUGAAAAUAGCUUUUUUGCAUAAAAAAUUGUUGGAGAACAUCAUAAAACACUCCUUGAUGGAGUUUUUCAAGUUAAUAGUAUUUUUGACUAAUACAAGUUGUGAAUUGUUGGAUAAGUUUUAAGUUCAUUUUAAGAUACUGUACGGAUUUCAUUGGUUACAUAUCACAUCUCAAAAGAAACGUAAGAUAGUCUUAAAAAAUAAUAUUCAAUUAUCAAUACCAGCCAUACUUUCGAUUUUGAUUUUUUUAUAACUACACUCUGUUCAAUGAGAGAAUAUCCUCGGAGCGGAUAAAAACUUGUCUGUUUCGCGCAUAUUCUCUAUCAGAAAGCUCUCCCACCUCACAGCUCUCGGCUGUCAGCGAGUAUCCCGCGCUCCCCACUUUGCCUGUUUUGCUUUCCCUAUGCGCAGACCGAGGAUAUUCUCUCAUUGAACAGAGCAUACAGAAUUUAACCAGAAUUUAUAACACAUUAAAAUGUUAAAAAUUCAUCCAAACAUAAAUUUCUAGCUUAAUGAAGUUUAACCGGUUCGAAAAUGAUUCAACUCGACUCGAAAAAUCGCAAGAAAACAAUGGGGAAUUGUCCGCGUCGCCGUGGAAAACGCUUGAAAGUUAACAAGUUUUUAAACGUCACUAGAUAGGGAAUUUUUUUGAAAUUUUCUUUUUUCUUUAAAAUCCACGUCAGAAUAUUGAAAAACGGUCGGCGUUGUAUUGAAACGUCAAAAUUUACAAUUUGCAAAAAUUCUUUAAUAUAUUAGGAAAUUUUCAAAAGUCGGUUUUUUCUGUCAAAAAAAAUCGCAUCAGAACAACGCAGCUCAUUAAGAUACAAACUUUUUAUUAUUUUUAAAUAUCUCUUGAUGAGAAUAAUUUUGUAAACCUGUAAAUUCACACUGCGCUAAUUUCAAAUGCGCUUCGUGUCGUUGUCGAGUUUCAUAGACCGUGUUUAUCUUAUGUUACAUUACAGUACUGAAAAUCUAUAUUGUGUACUAUACAUACAUAUAUAUAUAUAUACUUUAUCUGACACAUACUAUACUCAAUGCGUGACGAGUAUCGCGCGCGAGAAUGUUGUGCAUAUCGCGCUUCACACAAGAAUAUGGAGUGGCGUACAGUGGUGAUAAUAGUACUGGUCGUGAGUCUGUGUUUCUUUAUAAUACCGAUCAGAGUGGGGCCGGACAAAAAUUUCGAAGACGCUAAACUGUUCGCGGAGUAUGUUACUCGUUACAAUAAAUCCUACAAGAACAAUCCCGUCGAGUAUAAACAACGACUCGAACACUUUCAGAGAUCAUUGCGACAUAUCGAAAAGAUGAAUAGUUUUCGAUCGUCGCAAGAAAGCGCGCACUACGGACUGACGGAAUUCUCCGACUUGUCGGAGAAUGAGUUCAAAGAGCGAGCUCUGCUUUCCGACUUACCCUUGCGGAGCCAAAAACACACUACGGCUUCGUACUAUUAUCAGCAUACAUCGGAUUCGAUUGAUCACACAAAAAGAGCGACGAUGCCGCCUAAGAUCGACUGGCGUGAGAAAGGAGUUGUCGGGCCGGUUCUGAGCCAGGAGAGUUGCGGGGCGUGUUGGGCGUUCAGCACUAUUGGGAUGGCCGAAUCCAUGUACGCCAUCAAAAACGGAAGUUUCUAUUCCUUUAGCGUGCAGGAAAUGAUCGACUGUAUGCCGGGCGAUUACGGAUGCCAAGGCGGUGAUAUAUGCAGUUUACUCUCGUGGUUGGUAGAAUCGAAGACCACAAUUGUCUCCGCAAGCGCUUACCCUCUCACAUUGCGGGACGACGCGUGUACAUUGUCUAAGAAAAUUUCUGCAAAAACAUCCGGAAUAAGAAUAAAGGAUUUCACAUGCGACAGUUUUGUAAACGCCGAGAGCAAACUUCUGACACGGCUUUUUACUCACGGACCUGUAGCGGCUGCGGUGAAUGCCAUAUCUUGGCAGAAUUAUUUAGGCGGUGUGAUACAGUAUCACUGCGACAGUUCGUUCGACAGUUUGAAUCACGCCGUGCAAAUAGUGGGAUACGACUUGACAGCGAGUAUACCGCAUUACAUUGUUAAAAACUCGUGGGGGCCUACGUUUGGCAACAAGGGUUAUCUUUACAUCGCAAUCGGUAAAAAUUUAUGCGGCAUUGUCAAUCAAGUUUCGUCGCUCGAUGUUGUUUGAUUUAUAUUAUAAAGUUCGAAGUUUUACUUGUGAGAGAUAAGUAAAAAGAGGAACUAAAAGAAAUUGAAUAUAUUAUAAUAACGUAAUAUAUAUACGUAUAUUGCAAUAUAACUAUAUAUAAAUUUUUUACAGAGAACAAUACGUCGAAUUCAGAAGUAUGACAAUAAAAUAUUCUAUUACGCACGCAUGUAUAUGUUAUAAUAAACAUUGGCAUCUUGUUUUAAA